AUUCGACUAAUUUGGCAGCAUCGUUGCUCACACUGGACAUCGAAGGAUGCAUUUGCUUUGUUAAAGAAAACACCAAUUUGACAAUCGAGUAUAUAUUUUGUAAGAGAAAUAAUAUAUUGAAUUUUUCACAACUAGAAAAGAAAUCAAGUUUGACAACAAAAACACAUAAAUAUUUCUAAAGAUAUAAAUUACAAGUUCAAAGCUAAAAUUAAGAAUGCCCAUGGGAGCAGAGCCUGUUUAUCAACCGACAACCGUCUCGGUCUCAUAUGAACCACGACCAGGAAGAAACAAUGUCCGUUUACUACCAUUUAAAAUACUGAGGAAUACACGAUUUCAGGUAUUGGUGAAAUGUGUGUUUUUUUUUGUUAUUAUUACCAAAGUGAUAUUCAGCUUAAAUUAAAUUUAGGUACUUAUUAGAUUUCAAAGUAUAAUUUUGUUUAACUUUUUAUUUCAAAUAAUCAACAAAAUAGUUCUGCAGGAUAAACAAAAUAAAUUUCUCCGAUUCUUUAUUUAUAUUUCGAAUCCUCCUAAAUUUAUGCUUUUAAUCAGCAAAAUAUUUUUUGAACACUCAAACAUACAUAUGCGCAUAAAUUGUUUAAAAGUGCUGGUAGGGACGCUCAAAUAAGCUGAAUUGUUUACACAAUUUGCUAUAUAAAUGCUUAUACAUACUAUAUAUGUACAUGUGCAUAUAUACGUAUCACUAUUGUGCACCCAUGUAGUUUUUAGUACUAGUAAAAAUACAUUUAUCCAUAAAAGAAAUAAAACUAUGUUUUCGUGCCCUGAUUUAUUAUUCUUAACUCUAAUUACACAUGCGUACUACUUUCAGCUAUUUCUGCUGAUUUUUGGACUCUUGUCUAUUGCAACUGGUUUAGCAAUAUUUUCUAGCGUUCUAGCAAGUAUGCCCAGUAAUUUAUUUUACAAUAAACAUACCGAAGAUCUGUCCGACAACGAUAUUGUGGUGACCUGUUCAGAAAUUCCAACUGGUAUUGUUGUUCUGUGUGUUUUUUUCAUAGUAACCGGUGUAGUAUGCGUUGGCGUAUAUGUAUCAGUUGCUGAUUGGCGACGUAGUUGUGUUUGCCGUUGUCCAUUAUUUGAUAAAAAGAAAUCGUUAGCUCGACAAAUGCAAUGCCAAAACGGAGGUGGUUGUGGUGAAGGCAUAAUGGCGUUAAAUCCUUCAACAGAUCCGCUGGUUUCACAUACACAAUACGCACCGGUAUCAGAACUGCCACAUCGAGGCGAUGAAGAAGAACGCAGAAAUUUGAUGCCCGACAACAAAGAUUGUCUCAGCAGCGCUGAAGAGUCGGAUCGUAUGCUGGAGCCAGAUCCACGUAUUGUUUUGCGGCCAAUGGGUCGCUUAGAUGAUGCUUAAGAUCGAACGAAAAGGAAGGAAUUGGACAAAUUAUGCAGCUGGCUGAGGUAUAGCGGUAACUUUACUGUUACUGUCAAUUUAAAUGUAGAGAUUCUACUCAUAUUUUGUGUACCCACUAAAUUAUUACAAUUUUAAUUAUGUUAAGCUAGUUAAAGAGUUGUGUUAUGGAACUAACACUAGUUUUGAAUGUUUCAAAUGCUUUAAAUAAUAUAUUAAGUGAGAUUUUUUCAUUUCUAUUGAUCUUCUAAAAUAACAAGGAUUUAACUAAUUUUCACAAAACAGGAGAUUUUAGCUCUCAAUUAUGUAAUAAAUUAAAUUUUACAUUGGCUUACUUAGCAAAAGAAUUGAAAUAAUCUCGUAAUUGUAAGCUACUAUUUAUUGCUUAGACAAAGUUCAGCAAUUUGUUGAUCCACGCACACACAAAAACACAUUAAUUCGUGUAAAAUAAAAAUGAAAAUAAGAAAUGAAAAUUCAAAUAAAAAUAAAAUAAAAUUAUAUUGUAAUUAACUACAAAUAAGUAACUCUAAAUUAUUAGUAUUUUGGAAAAUGUCCGUUCACAUAUGUAUUUAUAAGUAUUUAUAAAUAAAGCACUUAAGCAGUACACGCAAACGAAGCGCGAAAUCA